AACAUCAUGUAAUAAAUACCUACCUAUAUACAUUUAUCUAAACUACCUUUGCCAUGUUUGGUGCUUUGCAUCAUAGUAAUAGCUUUCCGGGUAAUUUUCUUAAAAGGUACGUUAUUCGCAGCCACAGCUGGCCACCAUCAGUAAUUUCGCGUUUGGUCUUCUGCCAAUUUUGCUGCUUUUCGCUUAGUACUGCGCCUUCGUAAUUCGCCCCUCAAUGUCGACGGAGAACAAAGAAAAUGAGCUGUUAUGUUCUAUUAAAGAUAUGAGAAUCACUUCCCAAUCUCAGGAAAUUACUUAUGAGAAAAGUCAUUCCGUUUCGAAAUCUGAGUUGGAAACUGAGCCACUGCUGAUCGAGAAUCCACAUCGUUUUGUCUUGUUUCCAAUACAAUACCACGACGUAUGGCAAUUUUACAAGAAAGCCGUUGCCUCCUUCUGGACAGUAGAAGAGGUUGAUCUUUCAAAGGACUUGUCGCACUGGAGCAGUCUUAAAGUGGGCGAGCGUCAUUUUAUCUCCUACGUGUUGGCAUUCUUCGCUGCAAGCGAUGGGAUCGUACUAGAGAAUUUGCUUGAACGUUUCAGUCAGGAGGUUCAGAUACCGGAGAUACGCUGCUUUUACGGUAUGCAGAUUGCCAUCGAAAACAUUCACUCUGAAAUGUACUCUCUUCUCAUCGACACUUACAUUAAGGAUCCAAAAGAAAGAGACUUCCUUUUCAACGCCAUUAGCAAUCUCGAUUGUGUUCGACAGAAGGCUCAGUGGGCGCUAAACUGGAUCGGUGACACCCGUUCUACUUUCGCCGAACGUUUGGUCGCGUUCGCCGCAGUUGAAGGUGUAUUUUUCUCCGGGAGCUUUGCAGCUAUAUUCUGGCUAAAAAAGCGUGGGCUCAUGCCCGGCUUAACUUUCAGUAACGAGCUAAUAAGCCGGGACGAAGGUCUUCACUGCGACUUUGCAUGUUUGCUUUUCAAACACAUCGUGCACAAACCUGCUAAAGAACGCGUGCUUGCCAUAAUUAAGGAGGCUGUUGAGAUCGAACAAAGCUUCUUGGCCGACGCGUUGCCUGUCAGCCUGAUCGGAAUGAAUUGCAAAUUAAUGUGCCGAUAUAUCGAGUUCAUCGCUGACCGCUUGCUUGUCGAACUUGGAUUAGAAAAGUUUUAUCUUUCGGACAACCCCUUCGAUUUCAUGGAAAACAUCUCGCUAGAGGGGAAAACAAAUUUCUUUGAAAAGCGCGUUGGCGACUACCAGCGGGCUGGCGUUAUGUCCAGAGUUAGGGGAGAAGAUACUCACAGAUUUACUACUGAUGCAGAUUUCUAACAAAUCUUUGUAAUUUUUUACUUUUUAAAUAUAUGUCCCUGUAACUAUGCU